AUUCCAAGUCUUCUGCUUUUAUUUCUCCCUUGUCUAUGUGGCAGGACUCUGGGAUCGGUUGGUCGAGCCUGCCGCCUCUCCUCUGGCUGUUAGUAUUCUAUUUGUAGAUAGGGAGAGAGAAUUGAAGGGGAUAAUUUUUUGCGCCGCCCAGCCUCUGGAUACAAUAUAUUUAUGUCUAUUUGAAAAGGGGGAAAAACAAAAACAAAACAGCAAACAAAAUACGAUGCCAGUUUGCUGCAUGGAACUUGGCAUCAAGAUUCAGGACACAGUUGGAAAGGCAACCGGGUAACCAUUAGACUCGGCACUGGAGGAUCAGUGUUCUGCGUGGGGAAUCCAUUUUGAAGUUUGUCUUUAAGACAGGAGUUAAUUUUUGUUCCCAAGUAACUGUGAGCACAAUGGGAUUGUGAAGGGGCAAACUGGAAGCAAGAACAGAGAUCAAAUCAAAAGCAAAUCCUCUUGGCAGAAAUAGGAUCUGUGCUGCAGCAGCGCAGUGUAUGCUGCCCCUUACUUUUGAGGGUCUUUGAGCCGAUAAGCAUUGGGAGAGAAAAAUGCUCAAUAAACGAAGAGUGUCGGUGGAGGCUGGGCUCUUUAUCUAUGCUCAGAGCAGGACUACCUUUUUAAUUCUAGGGCUGCUGGCAGCCAUUGUCCAUGGCAACUGGCCCGUCGGGCAGGUGGAGGUAGUACGAGACUUAGGAAGCCAGUUGGAGGCUUCCAUGCAGUCGUCUUUGCUAACAGAACUGCAGGAGACAGCAUCCGUGGGGGUGGUACCACCAGCCGGCAUCCCUGACUCCUCUGCUGUGGUGGGACGAGUCUUUCAGAUGAAGGUUCCUGUGGAAACCUUUGACACAACAAGCAAUAUAAUCAAGAUCACUGAAGCUGGGAAGGAGAGCUUGCCCUCUUGGCUAUACUGGGAUUCUCAGAGCCACACUUUACAGGGCCUUCCUCUGGAAGUGGACAAAGGUGUCCAUUAUAUUGCAGCCUCUCUGUUGGAGCUUGUGGCGAACGGAAGCCACGUUCCUCGGUCAACCGAUGUCUUCUCAAUUGAGGUCCACCCUGAAGAGCAUGCAGACACCGAUCCCAUGCAGAUUGCUGUCCAGUCUGUCAAUGAGGUUCAGCCUUUCAUCUGUGGAACUGAGGAGCCAGUGACCAUACUGACCGUGAUCCUGGAUGCAGACUUGACCAAAAUGACAUCUAAUCAACGGGUGGAUCUACUGGAGAGAAUGAAGAAGUUCUCAGAGGUCAGGCUCCAUCACAUGAAGCUUCUGCCUGUUGUCAACAACAGAUUAUUUGACAUGUCUGCAUUCAUGGCUGGCCCUGGCAAUGCAAAAAAGGUGGUUGAAAAUGGGGCCUUAUUAUCCUGGAAACUGGGUUGUGCCCUGGACCAGAGUAAUGUCCCAGACAUAAGUAGUGUGGAAGCACCGGCUAAAGGUGGCACCAUGUCAGCACAGCUGGGGUAUCCUGUUGUUGGCUGGCAUAUUGCCAACAAGAAACCCCACGUGCCCAAAAGGAUCCGGCGACAACUUUACGCAACACCCACGCCAGUAAUUGGGGUGAUUCCCCCAACUGCUGCCCCACAGGAACCCCCAACCCGCAUUGUGCCAACCCCCACUUCUCCAUCAAUUGCUCCCAGUACUGAAAGUAUUGCCCCACCAAUCAGGGGACCUGUGCCACUUCCAGGAAAGCCAACUGUUACCAUCAGAACUAGAGACCCUAUUGCCCACACCCCAACCUUGAUCCCAGUACAACCCACUAGGGUAAUGGAUGCAACCAGUACAGUACCCAUCCAGCCUACUGUAACCAGACCUGGUUAUGUAGAACCAACAGCUGUGGUCACUCCACCAUCUGCAACCACCAAGAAACCCAAGAUAACUCCUGGAAGACCAAGAACUACCCCCACGACCACCACAUCUACUGCGACAAAGAAACCCAGGAAGGGCAAGACCCCUCGUCCACCUACCACUACCAGAAGUCCAAGCACAAGGAUGGACACCACAACCCCAACCACACCCAGACGUACUACGCCUUCUGCUGUCCACCCUGGAGCACGCAACAUACCGCCAGAGCUGAGGAACCAUAUUGACAGAGUAGAUGCUUGGGUUGGCACCUACUUUGAAGUGAAAAUCCCCUCUGACACCUUCUUUGAUGUACAGGAUGGCACCACUGACAAGUUGAGACUAACUUUGAAACUGAAGCAGCAGGAGUUGGUGGGGGAGGGUUCCUGGGUCCAGUUCAACACGACCAGCCAGCUCUUAUACGGUAUGCCUGACUUGUCUCACGUGGGAGAGCAUGAAUAUUUUAUGCAUGCCACAGACAAGGGUGGUCUGAGUGCUGUUGAUGCAUUUGAGAUCCAUGUACGGCGCCAACCCCACAACUACAAGCCGCCUGUCCGCUUCACCGCUCGUUUCAGUGGUGAUCCACGAACAGUGGUCAACGAUGUUCACAAAAAGAUUCAGCUGGUCAAGAAACUGGCUUAUUCUUUUGGAGACCGCAACAGCAGCACAGUCACAUUGCAAAACAUCACCAGGGGCUCAAUUGUAGUGGAAUGGACCAACAAUAGCUUGCCUCAAGACCCUUGCCCCAAGGAACAGAUCCAGGCCCUGAGCAAGAGAAUUGCAGAUGGCCAAGGUAAGCCAAGCCACCUCUUCAACAGCGCAAUGGAACCAGAGUUUCAGCCCAUAAACAUCACAGUUACAGGCACAGGCAGCUGCAAGAAUUAUAUGUUUGUACCAGUUGGUACAGCUCCGCCUAUGCCAGGGCCCACAGUCCCUCUCCAACCAAGAGACACUGGACGCCAGAGCACAGAUGAUGUCUAUCUUCACACUGUCAUCCCAGCUGUUGUGGUGGCGGCUAUCCUCCUUAUUGCUGGCAUCAUCGCAAUGAUCUGUUACCGUAAGAAGCGCAAGGGUAAACUGACCAUUGAGGACCAGGCCACCUUCAUUAAGAAGGGGGUGCCCAUUAUCUUUGCUGAUGAGCUAGAUGACUCCAAGCCUCCUCCGUCCUCCAGCAUGCCCCUCAUCCUGCAGGAGGAGAAGCCCCCACUCCCCCCUCCAGAGUACCCCAACAUGGCGAGCCAAGAAACAACCCCUUUAAACCAGGACCUCUUGGGAGAGUACACCCCGUUACGGGACGAGGAUCCCAACGCACCCCCCUAUCAGCCUCCCCCACCCUUCACUGUUCCCAUGGAAGGGAAAGGCUCGCGUCCAAAGAACAUGACCCCCUACAGAUCACCCCCUCCCUACGUGCCACCUUAACCUCUAAUGGAACCUCCGAGAGGAGGGCGGGACUGUAUAGUUCCACACCAGGGUUGUCUGUUUGGAAAGGGGGGGGAGGGUUGAUGUAAAGUGCGGGGAAGAUAAAAGGGAAGGUGGUAGCCUGCAAAUAUGAUUGCCGAACUGAACUUUAGCUUCUGCAAUGAAACAUCGCAUCGAAGGAGAUUCACCCACCCCUGCGCUUUGUUUUUUGUUUUUUUUAAAUUGAUUUUGAACUUUCUGCCUAACCGCACUAUCGUCCUUUUUUUAAUCUUAAGACUUAUUUUCAAGUAAUACAAAAAAAGAAUAAAAACCAAACACGACAGGCUCAAAGGUUUGUUAGGGAGGGGAGGGGGUAAAAAAAAAAAAAAAGCAGAAUAUGAACAACCAACACAACCUUGGGGGGACUUGAACAAACCUGCAGACAGCACUGAGGCUGGCGUUUUUGAUUCAAUAAGAUAUGCCUUUAACACUAAUUGUACUGUUUUUAUCCUUUAUUCACAUGUCUAGCUAAAAGAAACAUAACAAGAGGUAGCCUAAAAGAA